GUGUUCACCAGCCAACGACGACACUAUUUACUGCGUAUCUCGUUUCUCGAGUUAGGUUAUCGCAAUUCUUUAUUUAUUUUUAUCUUUAAUCUAAUCGUAGUUAGUUCUCCUCUAUCCUACAUCCAAUUUUCUUGUUUAUUUUACAAGCUUAAGUCAAGUCAAUAAUAAUUCCAUUUCUUCUUGUUUGUUGAUCUCCUACCUUUUACUAUUUGUUUUUGUUCUAUUUUUGGCAUCAUAAUUCGUAUCGUUUUGUGUGUAUCAAUCCACCCGAAUAAUCAUUUUUAUUUGUCUUAUCAGUUGGUUAUCAAUUAUAAUAUUUUUUGGCCAAAAAACUUUAUUAUAAAUUCCACGCAAUCCAUUUAUACAUUUCAUUUGUUUUUUCGGCAGCGACUUGAAAAGAGUCGUCAAUUAGAUAGAAUCGAAAAUAAUCAAGUGAUUUAAAUAUAAUUUCCAAAUUUACUUUUGGAAUCUUAUCUGCCUUCUUUGUGCCUUACAUAACUUUUUCGUUGAGAAGAAUAUAAAAAACUUUCCAGACAUGUCGUCUAAUGGAAAAUAUAACUUUGCCAUUGAUCGUGGUGGUACCUUCACUGAUGUUCUUUGCGUAUGUCCAAAUGGCGAAGUUAAAACCAUGAAGUUGCUGUCGGAGGAUCCGGCAAGCUAUAGUGACGCACCCAGAGAAGGAAUCCGAAGGAUUCUUAAACAGGAAACCGGUAAAGAUCUGACACCAUCUGGGCUUGUCGAUACUUCUCUUAUUGGGUGGGUUCGAAUGGGAACAACGGUUGCCACCAAUGCACUCUUGGAACGCAAAGGAGAUCCUGUAGCUCUCGUAGUUAAUCGUGGAUUCAAAGACUUGUUGUACAUUGGAAACCAAGCUAGACCCAAAAUCUUUGAAUUGAACAUUAGGAAACCAACAAAUCUCUACAAAACCGUUGUAGAAGUUGACUGUCGUAUUGUCCCCGACCAAAAAGGACGUUGUCAAUUGAAAAACUCUUGGAGAAUCCUCGAAGGUGCUGCUGGUGCUAAAUAUCUAGAAAAAUCCCCAAUCAAUCAUGAAGCUAUUAAAGCUGACUUGAAAAAUGUCCUCUCGGAAGGAAUCUCUUCAGUGUCAGUAGUCUUAGCUCACAGCUAUGCUUGCCCCGAACAUGAACUAGCAAUCGGUAAAAUUGCUAAAGAAUUGGGAUUCUCUCAUGUGACAUUGUCACAUCAAGCGAUGCCAAUGUGUCGAUUAGUUGCUAGAGGGUAUACCGCCUGUGCGGAAGCUUAUCUUACCCCUCAUGUUGAACGCUAUCUGGCGAGUUUCAAAUCUGGUUUUGAGAAUCAAUUGGAAGGAGUCGAUGUGUUAUUCAUGCAAUCAGAUGGUGGUCUUACGCAAAUGGAAAAUUUCCGUGGUGCUAGAGCUAUAUUGAGUGGACCAGCUGGAGGAGUUGUUGGUUAUGCUGUGACUGGAGCUAGAGAAACCGAUCAGGCUUUGAUUGGUUUCGAUAUGGGUGGAACUUCGACUGAUGUUUCUCGAUUUGCUGGCAAUUAUUCGCAUGUAAUUGAGUCAACUACAGCUGGAGUGACUAUUCAAGCACCACAAUUGGAUAUUAAUACAGUUGCAGCUGGUGGUGGAUCACAGUUGUUCUUCCGUUCGGGUCUUUUUGUUGUAGGACCUGAAUCAGCUGGGGCACAUCCGGGUCCAACUUGUUAUAAAAAAGGUGGUCCUUUGACUGUAACUGAUGCUAAUUUGAUGCUUGGACGUUUGCUUCCACAGUAUUUCCCAAAGAUUUUCGGGCCAACCGAGAAGGAAGCACUUGAUUUUGAAGCUACAAGGAAAAACUUUGAAAUAAUGCAAAAGGAAAUCAAUACCAGUUUGAAUAAAUCCUUGUCCUUGCAGGAAAUUGCUUUGGGUUUCAUUCGGGUUGCUAAUGAAGCCAUGUGUAGGCCUAUUCGAGCCCUUACCCAAUCUCGUGGAUUGGAUACUUCGAGGCAUGUUUUGUCUUGUUUUGGAGGUGCUGGUGGGCAACAUGCUUGCAGUAUUGCUCGGGAAUUGGGAAUGUCUAAGGUCCUAAUUCACAAAUACGCUGGAAUCCUUUCGGCUUAUGGUAUCGCUUUGGCUGAUGUUGUUCAGGAAGUUCAAGAACCUUGUGGUCUUGAAUUCGAUUCUAAAAACUCUGCUCUCCUUAAGGCACGUUUGGAUGAACUUUCUUCCAAGUGUCGUGCCCAUUUGGAAGAACAAGGAUAUACAGAAAUCGUCCUUGAGCCUUUCCUUCACAUUCGUUACGAAGGUACUGAUUGUGCUUUGAUGUGUUCAGCUGCUGAACUUGAAAAGGGAUCAGAAUCUAGUGAUGUUCUUCUCAGAACAUAUGGUGACUUUAAUGCCACAUUUGUACAACGUUACAAGACCGAGUUUGGAUUUGUCCUGCAAAAUCGAAAGAUUAUUGUCGAUGAUAUUCGAGUGAGAGGUUCUGGUAAGAACAGAACUCCACCAGAGCAAGAAAUUGCCAAAGCCACUAGUGUCAGUCCUGAAUCGCAAGGAACUACAAAGAUUUGCUUCGAUCAAGGAGUUUUUGAUUCACCGAUUUAUUUGACUUCCCAGCUUUUGGCUGGACACAAGGUCAAAGGACCAGCAAUCUUCAUUGAUAAACUGUCAACUGUUCUUCUUGAGCCAAAUUGUGAAGCAGAAGUCACUAAAUGUGGUGAUUUGGUUAUCCAUAUUGGAUCUGGAUCGAAGAAGGAAGUCGAUGAUAAGCUGGAUGCUGUCCAAUUGAGUAUCUUCAGUCAUAGAUUCAUGAGUAUUGCUGAGCAAAUGGGACGUGUCCUCCAGCGGACUUCUAUCUCAACUAACAUCAAGGAACGAUUAGAUUUCUCUUGUGCUCUAUUCGGUCCAGAUGGAGGUUUGGUCAGUAAUGCUCCACAUAUUCCAGUCCAUCUUGGAGCUAUGCAGGAGACAGUUCAAUACCAGUUAAAGGUUCGAGGUGAUACUUUGAAAGAUGGAGAUGUUCUGCUCUCGAAUCACCCUCAAGCUGGAGGUUCACAUCUUCCUGACUUGACUGUUAUCACUCCUGUCUUCUACAAGGGUCAACCAAAACCAGUGUUCUUUGUGGCGUCACGAGGACAUCACGCCGAUAUUGGUGGCAUUACUCCAGGUUCAAUGCCACCUCACUCUACAACUCUAGCCCAAGAGGGUACCGCAUUUAAAUCAUUCUUGAUUGUUGAGAAUGGUGCCUUCCAAGAGAAGAAAGUUGUUGAACGUUUAACAACUCCAACUGGAGCUAAAGGAGCUACCGGAACUCGUAAUCUCUCUGACAAUUUGUCAGAUUUGAAAGCACAAAUUGCUGCCAACCAUCGGGGUAUUCAACUUGUGUCUGAAUUGAUUGAUUCUUAUGGCCUGCAUGUGGUUCAGGCUUACAUGAAUUUUAUCCAACAAAACGCCGAAUUGGCUGUUAGGGAUAUGUUGAAACAAAUUGCCAAAGAUGCUAAAGAACGAACUGGUUCAACAGUUCUCGAAGCUGUAGAUCGAAUGGAUGAUGGAUCACCAAUUAAACUGCGUGUGACCAUCGAUGAGGAGGUGGGUUCAGCUGUGUGUGAUUUUACAGGAUCUGGCUAUGAAGUUUGGGGUAAUUGCAAUGCUCCCAGAGCUAUUACUCUCUCAGCUUUGAUCUAUUGUCUGCGUUGCAUGGUUGGCCAUGAUGUGCCACUAAAUCAAGGAUGUUUGGCUCCGAUUAAGAUUAUCAUUGAAAAGAAUUCAAUUCUUGAUCCAUCAGAUGGUGCUGCUGUCGUUGGUGGUAAUGUGCAGACUUCUCAACGUGUUGUCGAUACAGUUUUGAAAGCAUUCCGUGUAUGCGCUGCCUCGAAUGGAUGCAUGAACAAUGUUACCAUUGGUGAUGAAGAAUGGGGUUAUUAUGAAACUGUUUCUGGGGGCAGUGGAGCUGGACCUAACUGGCAUGGUUGCGGGGGAGUUCAUACCCACAUGACCAAUACACGAAUUACAGAUCCUGAAAUCAUGGAACUUCGUUAUCCAAUGAUUUUGAAUAAAUUCUGUUUGAGAGAUGAUCAAUCAGGUGGAAAUGGUGCCUUCCGUGGUGGUGAAGGUGUUCAUAGAGAGUUGCUCUUCAGGAAGCCACUGACAUUGUCAGUUCUUACUGAACGACGUGCUCUACAACCAUAUGGAAUGAAUGGUGGUCAUCCAGCUAAGAGAGGAUUGAACUUGCUGGUGAAGAAUGAUGGAAAGAUUGUGUGUCUUGGUGGAAAGACUGCAGUUGAUGUUGAUAGUGGGGAUAUUUUCUCGAUGAAAACUCCUGGUGGAGGUGGUUAUGGAGCACCUACAGAUGCUAGCAUCAAUAUUGAUGAUGAAGUUGAUGAGAAUCAACAAUUUAUUGAACGUGGAAGUGUUUUUGAAUAUCGUCAAGCUCAAGAAUCUGGUUAAGUCAUGUUAAAGUGUUUUUUGUUUAUUACUAUUGUUAAAUGUUAUUGUUUUGUAAUUUUUUAUCAAUAAAAAUGAUGUUUUUUUAUUUACUAUAUAAAAUAUGGAUGAAUUUUUUUAAA